UUUGUUCAAUAAAAUAAAAUUAUAAGUUCAUGGUUAUCGAGGGUGUGGUUUACGUAUAAAUAGGCAACAUUUUUGGCAAAUCAGUACUGUGAACUUGAACAGCAAAAUAACAACAUGUUUGUAAAACUGGCCGUCCUUGCAUGCUCUUUGGCUGUAGCCAUCGCUGCUUACAAUGGACCAUUAGCUGGCGGCGCUCCAGCUUCCCAAUUCCCAGCGGGAAUCGACCCAGCCUCUUGCCCCAACUUCCCCAACUGCGACAAUCCCCUGGUAGCCAUCAGCAACGACCCACAGUCCGUCGCCCAAUUCCAACCAGCCGCUCCACAACCACAAUACCAACAAGCCGCUCAACCACGUUACCAACCCCAAUACCAACAACCGGCUCCACAAUAUCAACAACCAGCUCCACAAUACCAACAGGCUCCACAACCAAUCUCCCAAUACAACCCAGUAUUGCCAAACCAAUACCAGGCCGCCCCACAACCACAAUACAGCCCCGACGUGCAGAACGCUUUGGACCAAGGCAAAUACAUCGGAGACGGCGACUACCACGGUGAAGGCCUUGCCGAAGCUGGUGCUCCAGGCUUCGCUGGUCAGGCUGCCGCCCCACAAUACCAGCCAGCUCAACAAUACCAGCCCGCCCCUCAAUACCAACCAGCCGCCCCACAAUACCAACCAGCUCCACAAUACAACCCAGCCCCGGCCGCUUACAACCCAGCACCAGCUGCCCGCGCCUACAACCCAGCUCCAGCCGCAGCUGCUCAAGCCCAGCCAGCUCAGAUUCCCGCCGGUGUAGACGCCAACGUCUGUCCCAACUACCCAUUCUGCCACUGAGUGAUAGGCGAAGUUCCGAAGAAACGUAGACUGCCAGCUGACAACAUGUCAUAAGUUAUUUUCAUUAAAGCGUGUAAAUGAUUCCUGUAAUAUACUUAAUUAGUUUUGUAAUUUUUUACGAAAUAUAAAGUUAAAAACUGGACAA